UGUCAUCUCCUCGCCAUGCGCUAUGCGCAUGAUCACGAUAUAUCGGACAACUGUCGCUACUGCGAGGAUCAUAAACCGGACCCAUUUCCACCACCAGCUGUUUUGACACUCAUAAUGACUCAGUUAACGGCGGAAGAGAAGUUCCAAUUGAUAACCCGAAAUCUCGCAGAGUGGCUGGGUGAGGAUAAACUCAAGAGCAUCCUCAAGGAGAGAGACUUGAAGGUAUACUGGGGCACAGCGACCACAGGGAAACCUCAUAUUGGAUACUUUACUCCCCUGUCUAAAGUUGCCGACUUCCUUAAAGCCGGUGUCGAAGUCACGAUCUUGUUUGCGGAUCUUCACGCGUAUUUAGACAACAUGAAGGCUCCGUGGGAUCAACUCGCUCUGAGGGUUCAAUACUACGAGGCAGUGAUCAAAGCGACACUCAGAUCCAUCGGAGUUCCAUUGGAUAAACUUAAGUUUGUCAAAGGAACGGACUAUCAACUGUCCAAGGAGUACACUUUAGAUGUUUAUAAAUUGACAGCAUCAGUAACAGAGCACGAUGCCAAGAAAGCUGGUGCUGAAGUAGUGAAGCAGUCAGCAGAUCCUUUGCUGUCAGGGCUCCUUUACCCCGGGCUACAAGCUCUAGAUGAACAGUAUCUGGGAGUUGAUGCUCAGUUCGGUGGCGUUGAUCAGCGAAAGAUAUUCACAUUCGCUGAAAAAUAUCUACCUAAACUUGGGUAUGACAAACGGAUCCAUUUGAUGAACCCUAUGAUUCCUGGACUUGCUGGCUCUAAAAUGUCAUCAUCAGAAGAAGAUUCAAAAAUCGACUUGCUCGACAACGCAGCUGCAGUAAAGAGAAAACUAAAAAAAGCUUUUUGCGAGCCUGGAAAUAUCAUCGACAAUGGAAUCCUCGCAUUUUCUAAACACGUAAUAUUUCCAAUGAUGAAACCCGGGGAGAAAUUCCUCGUUCCAAGAGCUAAAGACUUCGGCGGUGACAUAGAAUUUGAUAAAUACGAAGACCUGGAAGCAGCGUUCGCUAAAGAGAUAAUUCAUCCUGGUGAUUUGAAAGCUGCUGCCGAAGUUCUUAUCAACAAAUUACUGGAUCCUAUUCGUAAAGAAUUUGAAUCAGAUCCAAAUUUAAAGACUUUGUGUAACAAAGCGUAUCCGCCACCUGGCAAAGAAAAGAAACAAGAUAAAAAAAAUCCACCAGCAAAUACUGAAGUUGAGCCAUCGCGACUUGACAUCCGUGUGGGAAAAAUCGUCCAGGUCUCAAAACACCCGGACGCAGACUCACUGUACGUUGAAAAAAUAGAUCUAGGUGAAGAUUCUGGUCCCAGAACAAUCGUCAGUGGCCUGGUUAAUUUUAUUCCUAUUGAAGAAAUGCAAGACCGCAUGGUAGUAGUCCUCGCAAACUUGAAACCGGCAAAUUUACGUGGUGUCGCUUCACAUGGAAUGGUCUUGUGCGCUUCUGUAGACGGGGAAGAGAGAAAAGUUGAGCCGCUGAGACCACCAGCAGACGCAGUGCCCGGUGACAGGGUAAUUGUUGAUGGGUAUGAGACUGGCGCGCCCGAUGAUGUUUUGAAUCCCAAGAAAAAAGUAUGGGAAAAACUAGCCGUUGACUUGGUGGUUAAUGCCGACGGUGAAGCUUCUUGGAGCGGCAAAUUGCUGCUGACAUCAACCAAAGGAAAACUCACUGCCGAUACUCUUAAAAAUGUUCCAAUUAAAUAGAAAAAUCAAAUAAUGAACUUUUACUAAUUUAAAUUUAAAUAAACAUUUUUUUUUAAAUAAGUCACAUAA